UGAUUCAAGUCCAAACAAGAGCUUCCACUUGAGCAAGUUUGCAGCUCAGCGGAGCGAACCCAGCGACAGAUAGAUGUGCUGAGGAUCCGCUUUUGUAAAUAUGGGAAUUUGUGCACAUAAAUUGGCGACAUCGUUCAGGGGAUCAGGGUAACAGGGCCAACUUCCAUCAAACGGCAGCCCCGAAUUUUAGCUGAUAACAUAAACAAAUCCACACAGAUUCACACGAACACUGCUGUCAAAAAAGAAAAAAAAAAUAAAAGCAGAAAUCAAAUAAAAAUAGGCAACUCACAGCAAGGCUGCAUGCGCAGCUUUUCAUACUAACAAAAAAAUAAAUAAAAUAUUAAAUGUUUAAUUCACAAGAGACCAGUUAAUAACGAACGACACCAAGAUGAGUAUGACAGAGAUGAUGCGGGGCAAAUCGAUGCCGGCGGACAAGAAGAAUGAUAUCAAACUGGCCCAGCAUGAUUUUGCCAAUGUGCGAAUGGUGCAAAUCGGCUGUGUGCUGAGUGUCCUGGCCGAGGCAAUUGAACGGGUGAAGAUCUCGCUAAUCAUGCCGAAAUUGCUGGAACAUCCCACGCACAUGGCGCAGGUUCUGAAUGGCACCAAAUUCGAGACAGCCGUUCACCUGGUGGAAUCCUUUGUUCGUCGGAGGGAGUUCAUUUUGCGGGAGAAGCGUCCGCCGCUGAUGGACCAUGGCAUCAUCCAGAUCAUCGACUUCUUCCAGCGGAACCACAAGAUGUACCAUCUGUUCCCGAGCUACUACAACCACAUGAGCGCGGACGAGAAGAAGCUGCUGAAGGCAUUCCAGAUGCUCUACGACCUGGCCAAGGACCGCUUGUACAGGACAUCCACCGAUGCCAUCGCCCAGGAGAGGCAGCUGCAUGCCAUGUACAAGCAGAACGAGGUGGUCAAGGAGCAGGUGGAGGAGAUGCGCCAAAGAAUCCAGGAACAGAAGCUGGCCAUCAGGAUUCGUAUGGCCGAAAAGGAGGCCUACCUGCAGAACUACGAGGAUCUCAUGAUGAAGAAGAAGCGGGAGAAGAACGAACGCAUCCAAAAGGAAAUCGAUCGAUGCACUCGCUUGGUCCGCGCCAGCAAAAAAUCGAGUCUGGAGCGACAGGCUGAUUUGGAAGAGCAGCUGCAAAAAACCCGAAAUAACUACUCGACAUCGACCAACACCUACUUGAAACAGGAAAAAGUGUUUCGCGAGGAAAAAAAUAAGCUGAUCCUGCAGUUGCAGGCCAUCAUCAAAAAGUAUGAUCACAGCAUUGGCGAAAAGAUGAUCGAGAACCUGCAGCUCACCGACGAGCACAAAAAGGCCAAAAAGGCCCUCGACGAAUAUAUGAUUGGGUUCCGGAAGGUCGAGCGGGUCUAUAAGCAGAUCGUGGUGAAGCGAGAGGAGGAGGAGGCCAGGCGCCGGCAGCACCGCAUCCUCGUUUUCGCCAUGAAUCGCGCAGCCACCAAGAUCCAGAAAUACUGGAGGAAGUGGAAGAAGCACAUGCGCAGGAAGAACAGGCGGAAUAAGAGGGCCUAAGCCAUGUAGGAAGUAUAUGAAAUAUUUAAAUUGUCAGUGAAUUGCUAGAUUACUAAAUGAUAAUAUUAAAAUUGAAAUCUAAAACCGCAGAGAAGAGAAGCAUA